UAUGUGUUAGUCAAUACUCUUUCUGUCAAAGAUAAGAUAAGUUGAUAAUGAGAAUUCUUGUGACUGGAAAUCAAAUUAAAACUGUCGUUUAGAUUUUGUGUAUCAAGUUAAUAUCAUUAAUUUCAAACUAAUCUUAUAAUCUUUUUAAAAUGUCCUACAUAAUAAAAAUAUUUUUAGUCACAAUUUGCAUCUCAACGUCGAGUUUAGCCUAUGAAAUUUCCGAUAUUGUUUCAGCAAAAAUCGAGACAUGUAGAGGUUGUUCCUUGAAUCGCCUUCCUGAAGUUAAGAAAUUCGUCAUGGAAGACGCCCCUUUCUACGAACGCUUAGAAGUAAAAUUCAUAACUGGCGCUCCUCCAGAACUCAUUAUCCUGGGUGAAGAUGACAAUGAGUUGGAACGAAUUGCCCUAUCAAACCUAAAUAGAGUUGAAUGUAAUGACAUACUUCUUCUUAAAGGAUUUAAUAAGAAAAAUAAAAAAGAUGAAUUUUAAUGUAGCUUGGUAAAAAAUCUUAAAUAUUUCUGAAAUGACGUAAGGUUAUUUGACUUCAGUAAGGAUUUAAGACAUUUAGUUAAUAUUAUUUUUUGUAAAAAUCAAUUGAAAGAAGAAAACGACAUACAUUUUAUUUUUACUUAGAAUAAUUUAGCAAUUUAUAUCAUAACUUGAUCACAAUCAGUACCAUAUCUUUCAAUUAUGAACUAAGAUUUGAUUAUGAUGAUGAUACCUACUAUAUUUGAUAAUAGUGAUAGAAUCUUAUUGAUUAUGAAUAAUUGAUUUGAGUAAAACAAGUUCCAUUAAACAUUUUUUAUAAGUCCUAUUCUCCAUUUAAUGUGUUUUUAUAAUUUAUUAUACAUUUACAUUCCUUGUAAUGUAAAAUAGAAAUCAAACUAGUAUUUAAGAAUUGUUUAACUGGCUUGCU